UGGGUGCAACUGUUAUUGUAAUUCUAUUGGAAAUAAAAACGAAGCAUGAUGUUGAAAGCAAAUUCAAACACUUUGCCCGCAAUCCCUUCCUCAUUUACAUGAGCGAUGUUGAGUUUUUGAAAAGUGGGGCUUCUAAGUGGGUGGUGCUAGCGGUCACGUUUCUGUUGAGCAUAGCAGUGCAAGUUUACACAGCAAAUUUGACGUCAAUUUUAACAGAAAGGACAACGGCAAAGCCUUCUCCAUGGAAGGACUUGCAAGAGAUCAAAAGGAACAGUCGGUUAGUGGGAUAUCAAUGCGAUUCCUGGGUGAAGAAGCUUCUGACUGACCAAAUAGGAUUGAAGGAUGAUCAGUUAAAGCCUUUAUGUCGUGAAAAUUACAGUGAAGCAAUAUUAUCAAGAGGAGACAAAAAAGGUGUUGAUGCUAUUUUUGAUGAAACUCCUUAUCUCAUGCUCUUCCUUUCCAAGUGCUCUUCUUGCAAGAUGACAGGACCAAUCUACAAAGGCGGUGGAUUUGCCUUUGCAUUCCCAAAGAAUUCUUCCUUGGUCUCAAGUUUUUCAGCUGCAAUAUUAAACGUGACCCAAAAUGUGAUGAAGUUUCGUGACAUGAAGAACAACAUAUCCUUACCCGUCACCAUUGACAAAUCUGAAUAUAAUAGUGAUGUUGAGACGCGGGGUUUGACGAAAGACGACUUUGGAGGCCUUUUCCCCAUAGUAUACUCUGUUUUAGCUCUCUUCUUCAGCAUUUCAAUUCUGAAAGCUCAGUGGCUGCAAAAGAAAUGGAUUACAUGUUGGACAGUCCGCGGCGGAGGAGUUAUAUGCUGAGUCGCUAGCCAAAGACAUCUGUGAAAAUCAGUAUGUUAUUUUGAUUGUGACUGAAAUUAAAAGUUGAAGACCUUUUGAUUGUGACCGGGGAAAAACAAAAAGAAAUCCCUGCCUCUCCUAUCUGUUAUUUGGUAAUGUAUAAUCCAUUAAG